AUGGGUUGAAGUCAUGGACAAGGUCAUGAUUUUAGAGUCUACCACAGCAGCAUAUGAAGACAGCAUGAAAGUCCACAGCUAAUACACAGGGACAAAGAUGGAGAGCCUUGCUGUUUUGCUGAUUCAGGAUGGGUACAAUGCAUCUCAAGGAGAGAUCUCCAUCAAUCCGAAACUGGGAAAAAUACUCAAGGAAGAUGAACUUGACAUUCCUGUCUUCAGUACUGUUUUACAAGCAAGCAAACAGGACAAACAAGAUGCACAGCAAGAUGGAGUGGAACUGUUACUGCCUAAACUUGACCCGGAUGAUCCUAGAACUAACCCCACUUUGGACUGGCUGACCUUUGACCACCAAGUGAAAUAUCCACAUCUCCCCCCAAAGAUUAGAUGCACUGUGGGACAUACUAAUGCUACAAGUAGGGCAGCAGUAAGGAUAAAGAAAGAACGGUACCCAGACACUGGGGUUAUCCUCUUUUCUAGUGACAUACCGGAAGACACCGAGUACUACAAGGGAGAUGAGGAGGCCAUGGGCAUUGGGAAGAAGGAAGACUCCAUCCUUGAAGAUGCACAAGAGGCUGAUGUGGUCUUUUCUCUUGGAAACAAGAUAUUUGAUCACUUUGAGACACAAUUCAGAGCUAUACCUGCAAGCAAAAGGCCUCAGCAUGUCAAGUUUGUUCCAAGACCUUCCAAGAUCUUUGAAGAUGCAGAGGUUGAAUACAAGGACACAGAGACAAUGGUGGUCCUGUCCAUUGGUAGGGUGAAGGGUGUGGAGAAGCUGAAGGGAUAUGACCUUGCUGCUGAAACCCUGAGCCUUGUUGCAGAGAAGAUCAAAGUCAAGUUUCAUGUCAUAGGAGUCAACAAAGAUGACUUUGAAGCCACCAAGGCAAUCCUGGAGCACUGUAAGUCAGCAAACUUACAGGUAACCUUCCUCCCUUAUGACACCCAGAAGGACAUCUGUAAAGAAAUGAUGAAGGCCCACCUGGUCCUGAUGCCUUCUCGUGCUGAACCGUUCGGACUGGUCGGCCUGGAGGCCAUCGCAGCAGGCGUUCCUGUUCUUGUAUCCAGUAAAUCUGGACUGGCAGACUUCAUCCAUGAACAUGUAGAUGAACUGCAUCAUUCCAUUGUUGACAUGGAUGGAAGCGAUGAAGGUGUCACUGUCAGACGUUGGGCCGAUGCCAUAGAGAGGGUGCUGAAACACAACAGAGCAGAGUUCAAAACAGCAGCAAGAGGCAAGCAGCAACUUCUGUCCUCAAAGUACUGGGAAGAGUUCCAUCUGCAGUUCAUCAAAGCCUGUACAGAUACAGGUGCACAACACCCUUCUGAAGUCCAGAGGGAAAGUGCUGCUGCAGCUCAUGUAGAGGAUUUAGCCAAUAGAAUCAGGGAACCAUUGAAAGAAGUACCAGGACCUCCCCCUCUGCCAAUUGUAGUAGAGAUACUUGCACAGGUGAUACCUAGUGUUAAAACACCAGAGCAAUUUCUAAGCUAUGCUUCAGCAAAAGCAGCCCUUGUCACCAUUGACAUCACUAAGGAUGAAACUCUGCUUCUGCUGAAGCAGAUAAAGCCAGAAAUAAAAACUAUUGAAGACCUAGUAAAUACAACCGAGGCAGUCAGGCAACUGAGCAAUAUAAAAGGUGUCAGUGUCAUUGGUGUAAAGACACAAAGUCUAGUCUUCUAUCUGAAAUGUAGAGACAAAUCUGGGCUGGGCCAACUCUGGUACAUGUACAAAUGUGGGAAGCUGAAUGACCUGCUGGUUGAUAGCUUGAUAAGGAAGGAAAUCUUACAACAACUCCGUGCAGUGAGCAUUUCUGUGACGACAAACAUUAAGAUUGAGGACUUCAGGAAGGCCCUGGUCUACUUACUCACCACACCUGCUGCCAAAGGCCAACCAAUCCCAAGACUACCCCAGGAGUACCCUCUCUACCAGCCACCCACCCACACCACUGCCAGUGUGCUGGAUGUACUUCAUCUGGAUGGUACAAACCUGACAAGGUCUUUUGGGAAACAACAGGAGCUGCACAUCCCAACAGCUACACAGACAGAUCUAGAGGACAGCCUGGAUGAAUUUGAGAUCAGACUUGCAAGUGUACCAAAUGCAGAUGUUCAACACCCUACAGAAUCACCUGAUGGCACAGAUAUGCAUAAGUUGAUCUCAGAACUAGCCUCACUGGAACUGGAACAACAGAAGGGACAACCCAGGAGGCCCAGAAGAAGUUCCUCGGCUGGUUCAUCUGGACAUACACCUGCCACAUCUGGAUCAGGAUCAAGUAGACCCUACACACCUACAUGUACAGGUGGCCAGGAAGCACGGCUCAGCAUAAAAGUCUCUCUUGCUGAACUGAACACACCUGCAGCGAGGGUAGACAAGGCACAACAGUUUGACCUGUACUGUCAGAUAGGUGAUCUCUACAGGACAGAACUACACUACUUACAGUCAGCUCUGCAGUAUUAUCAGAAUAUGUUAGAGUGUUCUCAGGAACUGUCAGAUGACAGAAAACAAGCCAAGGCCUACAGCAGACUAGGUUUAACAUGUGAUAUCUUAGGUUUGCAACAGGAAGCCUUUAGAAAUCAUGAGAAAGCUCUGGCUAUCUAUGGAGUGGAAACCAAAAAUGAAACUAAUAUUUGUGUAGCUUACAAAUACCUGGCCUUAUCAUUAGCACUGUCAGGUCAAGUGUCAGAUGCAAAAACUAACUAUGAAUCAGCCUUGGCUGUUGCCAUGGAGACAGGAAACAAGACUGAACAGAUGGACAUUUACUGUAGGCUGGGUGAUUUACACAGGGAACAGCUACAUGAACCACAGGAAUCACACAAGUACUACACAGAGAUGUUGGCACUAGCCAGGGAGUUGGGGAGGAAGGACUGGGAGAGUCAGGCUUACACCAGACUAGGACUGGUCUAUUAUGACAUGGGGGAGUAUGAGAAAACUUUGGAGUGGGACAAUAAGAACCUGAAGAUGAGCCAAGAAAGUGGAGAUAAAACUCAACAGAUAACAGCACAUAAAAACAUAGCUGUAAACUACGAGGCACUGGGUAAACUGGACCUGGCAAGAUCUCACUAUCAAUCAGCAAUGACCAUUGCCAUGGAGACAGGAAACAAGACUCAACAGAUGGACAUUUACUGUAAGCUGGGUGAUUUACACAGAGAACAGCUACACGAACCACAGGAAUCACACAAGUACUACACAGAGAUGUUGGCACUAGCCAGGGACUUGGGGAGGAAGGAUAGGGAGGGGCUGGCUUACAAUAGACUAGGACUGGCCCAUUAUGACAUGGGUGAGUAUGAGGAAAGUUUGGAGUGGGACAAGAUGGACCUGAAGAUGAGCCAAGAAAGUGAAGACAAGACUGGACAGAUAACAGCACAUCAGAACAUAGCUGGUUCCUACAAGGCACUGGGUAAACUGGACCUGGCCAGAUCUCACUCUCAGUCAGCAAUGACUAUCGCCAUGGAGACUGUAAGGAAACAAACAGCAACAGGAGGACAUUACCAAGAAUCUGGCUAAUCUGUAACAAUACAAGAGGCUAAUUACAACUUUACAGUACAAUAUGUAAAGUAAAAUGACUGAACUUGUUUACUGACAACAUACAGGACAAAA